AUGGCUCGAAACCGGAAGACCAGCGCAAUCAAGAAACUUCCCUGCCCCUUUCCGAGAUGCAAGGAGCGUUUCAAAACCGACUAUGGCCGAACCAACCACGUCCGGGCCAAGCAUGCCAGUCUCGCAGGGCACCAAAUGCCAGCAGCACCAUCGCCAGCAGCAUCUCGUCGGAGUUGCAGUCCUGUCAGUUCUGAAGGUGGACUGUCUCCGAACGGGUGGGACAACCAUGGCCACGAACAUAUUCCACAAUCCUCACCGUCUCCGCCCCCGCCUCAGGCUCCCCGCCCAAAGUUAAAACGAAAACGCAUUCCAUUUCUUCAAGGAAUUCCAUGUAGCAUCAAUGGCGAUCCUCUGCCUUCCGACACUCCACCUCCGCCACGCUAUACACCUGACAGCACCGAUUGGACCCCCUUCGACGGAGAACUGCAAUUCAACUUAACUGACUUCCUUUAUCGACGUGUCGAGAUGUCUCAAGCCAAUAUCAACACCCUUCUCGAGAUGUGGGCAUUGUCCCUGAUGCAGCACGGCAGCACAGGGCCAUUUGAUUCAUACCAACACAUCUACGACACUAUCGACAUGAUCAACGAUGGCAACGCACCUUGGAAAUGCUUCAAGGCCAAUGUUAAUGAAGACCUUGGGGACGAUGCUCCAGCCUGGAAGAACCAAGAGUAUGAGGUGUGGUAUCGGGAUCCCGACACGGUUUUGACAAACCUGUUGGACAACCCUGACUUCGAUGGAGAGUUCGACACUGCGGCUUAUGUUGAAUUUGAUGAGAAGGGUCAACGGCGAUGGAGUGAUUUUAUGUCUGCUAAUUUUGCAUGGAAACAAUCGGAAAAGAUAUACCGUGACAAUCCAGCGACGGAAGGCGCCAUGUAUGUUCCCCUGAUACUAGGCAGUGACAAGACAACCGUAUCUGUUGCAACCGGCAAUAUCGAAUAUCAUCCACUCUAUCUGUCAAUCGGGAAUAUUCAUAACUCGGUGCGCCGAGCACACCGACAUGCCGUUGUUCCUAUUGCCUUCCUUGCUAUCCCAAAAAGUGACCGUAAAUACGACAACGACCCUGACUUCCGGCGCUUCAAACGUCAGCUAUACCAUUCGUCAAUUUCAGCAAUAUUCCAAAGUAUCAAGGACGCAAUGACCACACCCGUUAUCCGUCGGUGCCCAGAUGGCCACUACCGCAGGGUCAUCUACGAUUUUGGCUCAUUCAUCGCGGACUACCCAGAGCAAGUUAUGCUCGCGGGUAUUUGCCAAGGGUGGUGUCCACGAUGUACGGUCCUCCCGGCAAAUAUGGAAGGAGUUGGUGGUCCAAGAACGAACGAGCUAAUUGACGCCAUCCUCGAAAAUGGAUUCAGUCAUCAAGAGAUCUGGGACAACUAUGGAUUUGACUCCACAGUCGUCCCGUUCACCCGGGACUUCCCUCGCGCUUGCAUUUACGAGAUUCUUACCUCGGAUUUGUUGCACCAGGUGAUAAAAGGGACAUUCAAAGACCAUCUCGUUACCUGGGUGGAGGACUACUUGUACCUAGCGCACGAGAAGGCAGAAGCUGACGCCAUCAUGGACGAGAUCGACCGACGUCUGGCAGCUGUCCCAUCCUUCAGUGGGUUACGAAGAUUCAAGCAGGGGCGACGAUUCAAACAGUGGACUGGGGAUGACUCAAAAGCACUGAUGAAGAUCUACCUUCCUGCAAUCAACGGACUCGUACCCAGCGACAUCGUCAAGUGCAUCUCGGCGUUUAUGGACUUCUGUUUCCUCGUACGACGGAACGACUUUGACCCACAAGCCCUUGCAAAGAUCCAAGAAUCACUAGCUGCCUUCCACAAGCACCGCGAAUUUUUCCGCAAGGCCGGCGUGCGUGCGGAUGGCUUCUCCUUGCCACGCCAACACUCGCUUGUUCACUAUCGCGACCACAUCAUCAACUUUGGUGCACCCAACGGACUAUGCUCUUCGAUUACCGAAUCUCGCCACAUCACUGCUGUCAAGCGACCUUGGAGACGGUCUAGCAGGUUUGAAGCGCUAGGACAGAUGCUCCUCACCAACCAACGGCUCGACAAGCUGGCUGCGAUACGAGCUUCUUUUAUUGCCCGAGAGAUGAUUCCGCCCGAUCGCCUUCCACCCCAACCGACAAUCACAAAAGCGACAAACACAGACUGGGAGGACGACGACUUGGAUGAACCUGAUGAGGGUGUAGUGGAUGGGGAAGAUGUGUUGGCUGAUGUUAACCUAGGGAGGACUCGAGAGGGUCGCUUUUUCUCGGCUGAUGAGGUGGCGGCGGAACUUGAUUUGCCGGCCUUUCCUCAACUUCUCCGGAACUUCCUCCACGAUCUCACCCACCCUCAAGACAGUAAUGACAGUGACGACCAGUCGGACUGGGAAGACAACGACAUCUUGGACUCAAUACCAUCAAUCACAACCUUUCGUUCAGCAAUCGCGACCUUCUACGCCCCGAGUGACAUCAGUGGGAUCCGAGGGAUGAAACGAGAGUGGAUCCGAUGCACUGAAUCAUGGCGGAACUCGGGUCCUCGUCAUGACACCGUUUUUGUCGUCCAGAAUGAGGAGAAACCAGGGUUCCGUGGGCUCGCCGUCGUUCGAGUAAAGAAAUUUAUUUCAUUCACCUUCGAGGGCACCACUUACCCAUGUGCGGUUGUUGAAUGGUUCAAGAAGGUUGGACGCGCACCAGACAAGGAUACUGGGCUUUGGGUAGUUGAGCCUGACAGCUCUAUUAAUGGUAGAGAUCGUGAUGUUACUAUCAUUCACAUCGAUUCUAUUCUCCGUUCGGCCCACUUAAUUCCUCGCUUUGGCCCAGAGCCUAUCAUGUCAACAGGAUUCAAACACAUAUGGACUCUCGAUGCAUUCAAUAGCUACUUUAUUCGCAACACUCUGGAGCAAGGACCAUCGAAAUAUAUGACAACUACACCAGAGAGCUCACCUAUCCAUGUUCCUCCACGUCGUUGCCAUCUCGAUCCAUCCAACCCAGUGACACCAACAAAACCUCCCAGCAUCUUCGAUCCCGACGGCCCAACCCCCGAACCAAUCAAAUUCCCUCCCCUACGGUGCAAGCAUCAAGUUAUGAGAAGCAACGAGCAGGACAUGCCAAGGAUUAAGCGGGACUUCGAGGAAGCAGUCAACGCUGAGAUCGUUCCGAGUUCUGAUACUGAAGAAGAGUCUCAGCCUGCAGUCUAUCAGGCGAAGCCAUCCAAAAUACCUCGCCUGUCCGAUCUCGAGCAAGAUGCACGCGAUCUUCAGGAAGAUAUCAAAGAGAAAAUCAAUGCUCUGACGGAUGUCAAGUGUCAACAGACCAAAUCGGAGAUCGCUUUACUGCAGGCCAAGCUUAUUCUCGUUCGUAGCCAGAUGUCAUUGCUUAACAACUGGGUAUCUUUGCUGGAGGACACAUUGAAAGAAAACCGAAUUCCAUUCCCUCCUUAUCCACUGCCAAAAACUUGA